UCAGCGGUCCCUACCUAAUACCCCGGAUGUGUCGACCAUUACUUAUUUCUAGUUUGCCCUCUCUUCUCUAAUCUAUACUUUAUAAACGCAGCAAAAAUGUCUGAUAGUGACGAUGCACUUCUAUCAGAUGAGGAGGGUGAAGAUAUAACACGUGAAGAUGAUGAUGAUGAGGAGGAGGAAGAUGAUGAUGAGGACUUUGAGGAUGAAGAUGAUUAUGAUGAUGAAUAUGAUGAGGAUGAAGGCAGUAGUGCUCGCCGCAAGAGGAGAAGGGAGUCCGGGUUUAUUUUAGAGGAAGCUGAUGUUGAUGAUGAGUAUGAGGAUGAUGAGGAAGCAGAAAAAGGCUAUAAUGACUUGAUUGAUACAGCAGGAACUGCCGAGGAUAGAGUAGAGGAUGACGUGUCGGGAGCCCGGCGAUUACAGCAGAUGCUAAGGGAGCGAAAGGAUGAUGAGAUUGAGGAGUAUUACAGAAAGAAGUAUGCAGAGACCAAUGACAGGUACUACAGUGCCAAUGAACUGCAGCCUGAGGUCCAGCAGCAAUCUUUGCUCCCAGGAGUCAAGGAUCCAAACUUGUGGACAAUAAAAUGCAAGAUUGGAGAAGAGAAAGCAACUGUUAUUGGCUUGAUGAGAAAGGCGCUGGCACAACAAUUCACAGAUGAGCCACUCCAGAUCAAGUCUGCCAUUGCUGUAGAAGGUCUGAAGGGUUAUAUCUAUAUAGAAGCAUUCAAGCAGACUCAUGUCAAACAGGCAAUAGAAGGGUUUGGUACCCUGCGACUUGGCAAAUGGCAGCAGAAGAUGGUGCCAAUCACAGAGAUGACAGAUGUACUGAAGGUGGUAAAGGAGGUAGUCACUGUGAAGCCCAAGCAGUGGGUGCGGCUUAAGAGAGGCAUCUACAAGGAUGACCUCGCUCAGGUGGACUAUGUCAACACAGCAAGGAAUCAAGUCACAUUGAAGAUGAUCCCAAGAAUUGACUACACAAGGACAAGGGGAAUCCCAAAAAGUGCUGAGGACCCAGAAAAAAGAAAACGCAAGAGAAAACCACCACAAAAGCUGUUUGAUGCUGAUUCAGUGAGGUCAGUAGGCGGGGAUAUCAGCCAAGACGGGGACUUCAUGUUGUUUGAAGGAGGUCGCUAUAGAGGGGGAUUCCUGUACAAGGCGCUUGCUAUGUCAGCCAUUGUCACUGAAGGAAUCAAACCAACAUUGCAAGAGCUGGAGAGGUUCGAGGCUGCACCAGAAGACGUGGAACUUGAAUUACCUGUAAAAUCUUCCAAAGACAGUGAUGAAGUCCAACAUACAUUUGCUGUGGGUGAUGCUGUGGAGGUCAUUGAGGGAGAGUUGAAAAACUUGAGAGGGAAAAUCAUCAGUGUAGAGGGUGAUAAGAUCACCAUCAUGCCAAACCAUGAAGAUCUCAAGGAUGCACUAGAUUUCCCAGCACAUGAGCUUGGCAAGCACUUUAAGAUGGGUGACCAUGUGAAGGUGAUCGGAGGACGGUAUGAGGGAGACACUGGGCUGAUAGUCAGAGUGGAGGAUCACGUCGUCUUGUUCUCUGAUCUUACCAUGCACGAGCUCAAAGUCCUCCCUAAAGACCUUCAGUUAUGCUCAGACCGCAGUAGUGGAGUGGAUUCUAUGGGUCAGCAUCAGUUUGGAGACAUGGUCCAGCUGGAUCCCCAGACAGUGGGUGUGAUAAUCCGAUUGGAUCGGGACACCUUCAUGAUCCUCAACCAGCACGGCAAAGUGAUCCAAGUGAAGCACCAGGCAGUGACCAAGAGGAGAGAAAACAGAAGUGCAGUCGCCCUCGAUGCUGAACAGAAUACAAUACAAGUGAAGGAUAUUGUAAGAGUUGUUGAUGGGCCGCAUUUGGGUCUUCAGGGCGAAAUCAAGCACCUGUAUCGAAGCUUCGCUUUCCUCUACUCCAAGAUGGUUAUUGAGAACAGCGGUAUUAUUGUUUGCAAGACAAGGCACGUGGUCUUAGCUGGCGGAGGAAAGAAUGCAACAACAGGAUUUGGUGGGUUUGGGACAUUCGCUCCAGCUUCACCAAGAAUUUCAAGUCCUGCUAGGGAUGGUGGUGGUGGUGGUAAUGUGCGUGGAGGGGGCCAGUCCCCUAGAGCCGUAGGGCGUGGUCGAGGAAGAGGGGGCCGAGAUACUUCGCUUAUUAUGCAGACCGUUAGAAUCUGCCAAGGGCCCUACAAAGGUUACAUUGGAAUCGUCAAAGACGCGACAGAGACCACCGCCAGGGUAGAGCUUCAUAGUAACUGCAAGACUAUCUCUGUGGAUAGGAGUCGCUUAGCGCAUGUCAGCGGUCCUGCAAAGGUUGGCGCUUCGGUGCAUAGCCGUACCCCGAUGUACGGUUCGCAGACGCCCGGUUCUCAAACUCCUAGCUACGCCGCAUCUCGUACGCCGAUGUAUGGCUCCCAGACCCCUACACAUGACGGAAGCCGGACUCCUCAUUAUGGAGGUUCGAUGACGCCAUCCCACGAUCCCUCACGCACUCCAUUGCACGGUGGAGCCUGGGACCCGACUCUGCCUAACACGCCUGCGCGUAACGAUGACUUCGACUACGGCUUUGAUGCGUCCACUCCAUCGCCUGCUGCUGGCUACGCCCCGAACACCCCUAACCCGGCCACACCCGGAGGCUAUGGUGGCCCUUAUACCCCUAAUACUCCCGGCCCGGCCAUGUACGGCUCAGAGCCUACCUACUCCCCCUACACGCAGUCGCCAUCCCCCGCCGGCUACGCGAACCCCAUGACCCCAGGUGGUGGCCUCCCGCCCGUAUCACCGGCCUACAACCCGCAUACCCCCGGGGCAGGCCUGGAGGAGCCGUCUACUUCCGGUCCAGGGGAGUGGGUCACGACAGACAUUGAAGUGCGACUAAACGAGAACUAUGAGGACCCUCAAUUACUGGACAAGGUGGGCGUGGUGCGAGACGUCGUCGGAGGGGUGUGCACGGUGUACCUGCCUGAUGAAGGGCGCAGUAUCAGCACCGUGGGUGCACAUAUCGACGCCGUACAGCCAGACAAGCAGGACAAGGUGAAGGUGAUUGUCGGCGAUUACCGCGAGCGCACAGGUACCCUGAUCAACAUCGACGACAAGGACGGGAUCAUUAAGAUGGACAGACCGGAAGAACUCAAAAUCCUGCCGCUUGAUUAUCUCGCUAAACUUGCUUCUAGCUCCGCCUGAGAUGAUGUAAAGCUAGCGCUAGAAUACCUAUUUCACUGCAAAAGAGUAUCAAAAUUCCGUGAGAUAGUUGAUAAGGAGUAACGCGAAAUUUGCAUCGAACUCUGCGGCGAUGAUAUGGCGCUCCAACGUCAAAGUCGUUUUUUCGCGUGACAGCAUAACGCCCGUCCGCCUGAGUCCAGCUGAAUCUAGUAAAAGUCGCUAGUUAUGAAUUGUAGGCAUGGGUUGAUGAGCAUAAACAUGUGUACCUAUCCUAGCCCUGUUCCAUUGAUGCCUAGUAUUGUAACACUAAACUUGUAUUUUAGUUCCGUUAGAUAUCUCAAGGUGAGGUGUGUACUAGAAGCAGUCUUAAUAAACCUUAUUUGUGUUCUUU